AUGGAGCAAUUAUCAGAUGAAGAGCUUGACCAUGGUGCAGAAGAAGACAGUGAUAAGGAAGAUCAGGAUCUGGACAAGAUGUUUGGGGCCUGGCUAGGAGAACUGGACAAACUCACACAGAGUUUGGAUUCAGACAAGCCUGUGGCACCAGUGAAGAGAUCACCUCUCCAUCAAGAAACCAACCUUGCCAACUUCUCAUAUCGUUUCUCCAUGUACAAUUUGAAUGAAGCUCUGAAUCAGGGGGAGACUGUGGAUCUAGAUGCCCUCAUGGCUGAUCUCUGCUCCAUAGAGCAGGAACUCAGCAGCAUUGGGUCUCAUUCAGCAAAUAAUACUGCAGUGAAACGCCUUGCCACAGAAUCCAAAGUUCAGAAACCACCUACUAGCCGUCCUUCUACUAAGCAUGGCAGUAUGAAAGGAUUAUCCUCUUCAUCUGGUAAGGUUACUAAACCAUCACAUGCCAACGUUUCUUUGGAUGACAUCACUGCACAAUUAGAGAAAGCUUCUUUGAGCAUGGAUGAGGCAGCCCAGCAGUCUGUAGCAGAAGAUGCCAAACCAGUAGUUAAUGCCCAGCACAGGAGGACAGCAUCUGCUGGCACAGUGAGUGAUGCUGAGGUGCGCUCAAUCAGUAACUCCUCCCGUUCCAGCAUAACUUCUGCAGCUUCCAGCAUGGACUCUUUGGAUAUCGAUAAGGUGACAAGACCUCAAGAACUGGACUUGACGUCACAAGGGCAACCAAUCACCGAGCACUCCUAUUUGGACAGGGAAACCUCCCUCCUUCUGAGAAACAUUGCAGGAAAGCCUUCUCAUUUGCUGACCAAGGAGGAACAGGCUGCUAAACUGAAAGCUGAGAAGAUUAGAGUGGCGUUAGAGAAGAUUAAAGAGGCACAAGUGAAAAAGUUGGUGAUCAGAGUCCACAUGUCUGAUGACAGCUCAAAAACAAUGAUGGUGGAUGAGAGGCAGACGGUGAGACAAGUAUUAGACAAUCUGAUGGACAAAUCACAUUGUGGUUAUAGUUUAGACUGGUCGUUGGUGGAAACCAUCUCUGAAUUGCAGAUGGAAAGGAUCUUUGAAGAUCAUGAAAAUUUAGUUGAAAAUCUUCUCAAUUGGACAAGAGACAGUCAAAACAAACUAAUGUUUGUGGAACGUAUAGAGAAAUACGCACUUUUUAAGAAUCCCCAGAACUAUCUUCUGGGGAAAAAAGAAACCUCUGAGAUGGCAGACAGAAAUAAAGAGGUGCUGCUAGAGGAAUGUUUCUGUGGAAGUUCUGUAACUGUGCCAGAAAUUGAAGGAGUUCUGUGGCUGAAAGAGGAUGGUAAGAAGUCAUGGAAGAAACGUUACUUUCUUCUACGAGCUUCAGGAAUCUACUAUGUUCCUAAGGGGAAGGCAAAGGUCUCGCGGGAUCUCGUGUGCUUUCUACAGCUAGAUCAUGUCAAUGUUUACUAUGGACAGGACUAUCGGAACAAAUACAAAGCUCCAACAGACUACUGCUUAGUGCUGAAGCAUCCUCAGAUCCAGAAGAAAUCCCAGUAUAUCAAGUAUCUUUGCUGUGAUGAUGUAAGAACUCUACACCAAUGGAUCAAUGGCAUCCGCAUUGCUAAGUAUGGGAAGCAACUGUAUAUGAACUAUCAAGAUGCACUAAAGAGAACAGAAUCGGCAUAUGACUGGACUUCCUUGUCUAGCUCCAGUAUCAAGUCAGGCUCCAGCUCAUCUAGUUUGCCAGAAUCUCAAUCAAAUCAUUCUAAUCAAUCUGACAGUGGAGUUUCUGACACGCAGCCAACUGGACAUGUCCGUUCCCAAAGUAUUGUCAGCUCCAUGUUCUCUGAGGCCUGGAAGCGAGGCACACAACUGGAGGAAUCCAGCAAGGAAUCACUUUUUCAGGCAAUUCACUCAUAGAACUUUCUGUUCUUGUUUUUAUUAGUAUGCACAGAAGCCUUUUGGUCUUUGAAGGCAUGCAACGGCCCUUCACAAUAAUCCUAUUAAUUUGAGUUGUAUAAAGAACAAAUAAAAAGAUCAGCUGUUAAAAGCUAACAAAUGAAAUUAAUCCACUAAGAUUUUCUUCUGUUAACAAGCCACAUCUUUCUACUGUAAAGGUGCAGACAACUGAGACCUGAAGGCAGGUACGCCUGUUUAAGGCACAUUCUAGUAGUUUGGAUUCCAACGUUUGGUAUUAUAUUGUGUGGAAAUGAAGGCAGUAAAUACAAAUACUGUUAAGCAGCAGUAUUAAUAUCGACUUCAUUUGUGGUUAAAAACAGAUUUGAUAUCUCCUGUUGCUGAUAGAAAGUUACGAAAGACAGUAACCCAUUUACUCCUGGGGGUCUGUGGUGAUUUGGUUAGUUUUAUGUCUAGUAGUUGACUGGUAUAGUGAAUACCUUCACAGACAGCAGAACUGUCUUUUCAUCUAGUUGGUUGUUAGGCUCAAAGGAAUUUCCUGAACAACCAUAAUAUUGGUAUUAACUGCAGCAGUUAGGUAUGGAAGUAUGUUGGCAGAAUGUUGCGGGAAGGUAUCUUCACUCAUGCAAUUCUGAAUCUUUCUCAGACUGUAGGUUCAAGCUAGAGAAGCAGGCUUUUUAAAAGAAAACCAGGGGUCGCUACACCUGACAUUGGUGCAUCAGAUGAAUAACUAGAAAUAAGACACAACGCCACGUGUACAAAUGAAAAAGUACAGGUGGCGCAAUGUGAAAACUGACUUGGCUGUUUUCUUUGAGGCUUGGAAAUUUUCUGCAGUGUCUGCAGGCUUGGAAAUUAUCUGAAUGUAUUAGCAAAGUAAUACACAGCCCAGGAACGUAGCUUGCUGAACUGUGACCCAGAUUUUUCUGCUGCAUGUGUGCAAAACCUGCUGCAUGUUCAUCAGCACAUGGCUUGUGUAUGUGUACAGUAUGCAUCAUUUGUGCAGGGGCUGGGUGGAUCAAAAAGACAGGGCAUGCGAGUCUGUCUAGCAUGUUAUCCUACAGAGGUGGAAGAGUGCUGCUAUGAGACUGUAAUGUUACUGUUUUCUGAAGUUUUGGUUUUCAUACGAGAUCUUGCUUCUGCAUUCUAUGAAAUUCUGGAGAAAAAUUGAAUUUUAGCACCUUGGAUCACUGCUGUUCUUAUCCAGUCCAUAGUGCCAAUGGCAAUUGCUCAUUUAAAUAAACCCCAAUAAUUUUUGUUAUCUGAUUAAAGCAUUUUUACGAAUAAAACAUUCAGACUAUUCCCUAUUAA